AUGUUGUCAUCUCGCACAAUAUCCUUGUUAGCUCGACAAGGGCGUUUGCAAAAGCUUUUUCCGAAACAGUCAGCAUUACUUGGUAUUCGUACGAAAUUCGUCUGGGGAAAGGAAGCCGUCGGUCCGAAUGUACCCGUAGGAGGCCGUAUGGGUGCUCCAGAAGAUCCGGAAUUGCACACUUACGACGGAGUAUAUCGAGGUACACCAAGUAAAGGCGAUAAGCCAAUGCCUGACUACACAUAUCGAGAGCCAACUGCUGGCGAUACGUACGUCGAUCGUUGCGUUUCAUACGCGAUCAGUGCAUGCCUCUGGUUCUGGUUCACCUAUCACAUGUAUUAUCAUUCUGGUCACAUAUUCGGUCAUUGGUAUAUGCCGUAUUUGGAGGAAUUCACUGACGAAGAAUUGGGAAUACCGCCUGACGACGCACCGGAUCCAGUCUACUGGGGCCAUCAUAAAGAACCUUAUGGAACUUAUCGUUAG